AGACAGUAAUAAUUUCAGAAGACUUCAUUUAUGUUAGAUUCGUCAUCUACAUUAUUUCAGCUGUUCGAAAUAACCACCUAAAAUUUAACAAUGACACGGAGCUUUGUGGUUUGUAUAGUUGUAGCUAUUUUUUCUCGUCUCGAUUGCAAAAACAUAAAUGUUAUUCAUAAGUCUGGUGGUCCAGAUAAUGUCAUCGAAAAAAUUCUUUUACCACAGAAUGAAACAACAGCUUUUUUUGAGACAGACAAUACAGCAAUCACUGAUGACCACAAAGUUAUAACACCACAGAAUAAAACAAUGAAAUUUCAAAAAAACAUCACGUCCUCCACCACCCAGCAAAAUGAACCUGUGGUCGAACGGGAUCAUUUAAGAACUGAUCGGAAACUUAAGAUUCGUCAAGUGCCUGUGGACGUUCUAAUGAUGGCUAAUACCAACGCGAUGAACAAUAUGAAUGCCGACCAAUCAUACUACCAAAGUCCUUUAAUGGUAUAUCCGUUUUCUAUGAUGAACACAUAUUAUCCCAAAUACUUUCCAUACACAUACCAGAGAAACCAGGGCAUUCCUUACAUUGGAUAGUAAUAACAAUAUAUUAAUAUACAUUAAAAAAUAAAAAUAAAUUAAUAAUAAUAUUACGAAAUCAUA